AUGGAAUUUACAAAUGGGAACUGCACCUUGGUCAAUGAAUUCAUCCUGUUAGGUUUUCCAACGAGGCCUGAACUCCAGAUCGUUUUAUUCCUUGUGUUUCUGACAUUGUAUGGUAUGAUUUUAACAGGGAACAUUGGCUUGAUGCUGCUAAUCAGGACAGAUCCGCACCUCCAAACCCCCAUGUACUUUUUCCUUAGCAACCUCUCCUUUGUAGACCUUUGUUACUCUUCGGUGAUUGUUCCCAAUAUGCUGAUCAAUUUCCUCUCAGAAAAGAAGUCGAUAUCUUACUAUAGCUGUGCACUGCAGUUUUAUUUCUUCUGUGCGUUUGCAGACACUGAAUCUUUCAUCUUGGCUGCCAUGGCCUACGAUCGCUACGUUGCCAUCUGCAACCCUUUGCUGUACACUGUUGUGAUGUCCCGGGGUCUCUGCAUAUGGCUGAUUGUGCUGUCAUAUAUUGGAGGCAACAUGAGUUCUCUGGUUCACACGUCUUUUGCCUUUAUUCUGAAAUACUGUGACCGAAAUGUCAUUAAUCAUUUCUUCUGUGAUCUCCCUCCCCUGCUUAAGCUCUCCUGCACAGACACGUCAGUUAACGAGUGGCUGCUCUCCACAUACGGCAGCUCCGUGGAGGUUAUCUGUUUCAUCAUCAUCAUUGUCUCCUACUUUUUCAUUCUUCUCUCAGUAUUAAAGAUCCGUUCUACCAGCGGGAGGAAGAAAACCUUCUCCACCUGUGCCUCGCACCUGACCUCUGUGGCCAUCUACCAGGGUACCCUUCUCUUCAUUUACUCCAGGCCCAGCUCCUUGUAUUCUCCCAACACUGACAAAAUCAUAUCAGUGUUCUACACCAUUAUCAUCCCUGUGCUGAAUCCACUGAUUUACAGUUUGAGAAAUAAAGAUGUAAAAGAUGCAGCCAGGAAAGCUCUAAGAUCUAAGGUAGAUUCUUCCUGA